AUGGUGUUGGGGACAUUAUUCUCCCUCAAUCAGCAUCUCAUUAAUGCCAGCGCAUUGCCCAACAUAACGCAGACAACCAGUUCUCUCACGUCGGGUACCAGUUUCGAGGAGGCCGAGUUUAUCCCCACAUUUGAGCUCGUUGUGGGCGCCAUUACAUACGUGGUAUGUCCGCCGUUUCUUUUUUGUUUCCAAAACGCGGUCGAAGAAAAUCAUUAAAGCCGAAUUUGGCUAAGAAUCUGUCAAGUUUCAUUCAUAUUUUAGAACAGACUGGGCGUUUUUUCAGAUCUUUAUUACAUUCCGGGUUCUGUUUUUGCAUGACGAUACGGCUGCUGUUUUAAGCUCCGAAACGUAUCUGAUGACCUGAGGAUAAGAACAAAAGACUACUGAAAUUCAUAAUCCCAGAAGGCUGCGGAUCCCAUGAAACUUGUUUGGCCUCGGGCUAAGGAAAUGAAAAGACCGAGACGUUUUAGGAUAAUGAAAACGACCGUUACAAAUGCCCUCAGGCGUCAAUAGAAACGUGAUGAUAAUUAAUGUCCGUUUCAGGUAAUUAUUCUAAUGACAGUGAUUGGAAAUACGAUGGUAGUAGUCGCGGUGUUCAACUACAGGCCUCUGAAGAAGGUCCAGAAUUAUUUUCUGGUCUCGUUAGCCGCCUCAGAUUUGGCCGUAGCCGUCAUCGUGAUGCCUUUACAUGUGGUUAAAUUCGUUGCCAGUAAGUAUUUAGCAUGACCGGAAAUGGUUGUUUUUGAGUGGGAUUUCUGAAGACCUCAGGAUUUCAUUCAUGCGUUUGUUUUUCUACGGAGUAACUGGAACGAAUCAUAACAAAAAAAGUCGAUAUGAAUUACAAAUUCUGUGGCGUCUGCAGUGGCUUUUAGUGGCGUCAAGGACCAUUUACAAUAUACAAUUAGGUCAUUUCCAAGGAGUUGCAGGAAGCGGCAUUUAUUUUUAGGCCCAGGCCCCGUGACUCUAUUUUCGGUGGUGUAGAUUGGGAAUGUUUAGAAGGAAACUGAUUUCGGUGGGUUCCUAAACACAUUUGUUUCUGUAAACCUCGUUAUGGAUCUGCGUUUCUUUCCAAAUUAGGAUCCAAAUUUUAGAAAAAAAGACUGAGAAAAAUCCCUUUUUUGUCCUUCGUAUCGGAAUUUCUUUUUACAAAUGCUUUGGCAAGCACUAACGUGAUGUCUUGUGAACCUUGUUGACCCACGAAAUACUCCGAAUCCACCCAAAACGUCAAAAACGAAGAAACAGUCCCAGUUUGCAUAAUUUGUCGUACGCCGCACUUCCAGAGUACUUCCGGCCGUCUUCACGCCCAGCUAACUUUUGACUUAGCUGCAUCCCGGAUGGGGAGAAGAGCUCAGUAAAGCUCAAUCUUUCAAAUCGUGGUUUAUUUACUCAAUCUUGAGCUAGAAUUCCCUAUAGUCCAUUUAUUCCUCGUAUUGAGUAAUAUAGUCAUCACAACAGGUCCCAGAAGAAUAAAGUUAGUUAACCUGCACUCAGGUAUUCAACCACACUUGUUUUAAAAACAAAUGUCAUAAAAUAAUGGAAAAUAAGUUGUCGGAAAUAAUCAAUUUCAGACGGUCGAUGGCUCCUCGGAGUGACAGUCUGUCAAUUGUUUACCACGGCAGACAUCUUGCUCUGCACUUCUUCGAUUCUGAAUCUGUGUGCCAUCGCUUUGGACCGGUAUUGGGCCAUCCACGACCCUAUCAAUUAUGCUCAAAAGAGGACUCCGCGAUUCGUCUGCCUAAUUAUCCUGCUGGUAAGGGGUGUCUGAUGGGUAAUGUGAUGUUUCUUUAGGUCUGGAUAGCCAGUGGGAUCAUCUCUGUGCCUCCAAUGUUCGGAUGGAACGACUGGUCGAGUCAAAAAUUGAAGGAUCACUGCGAACUCUCCAGUGAGAAGGCGUUCGUGGUCUUCUCGGCCAGUGGAUCCUUUUUCUUGCCUCUGGCAGUUAUGGUGAUUGUUUAUUUGAAGAUAUUUAUGUCUGCGCGGCAACGAAUUCGAACCAACCGAGGUGGGUCUGACGUUUCUCGGAAUAAUUUGGAGUCAAAUUCAGAAGAAAACUUUGGAUUUGUUUUUUUUUCUGGGGGCGAAGAUUUGUCGUUCCCUAAAUGGCAUCUAAUGAGUCUUAACUUCGCCUUUUUCUAUUCCAGGCCGCAGUGCGCUGAUGCGAAUUAGCCAACAACCACCUCCAGAAAAAAGGAACACGUACAAGUUGGCAAAUGGCUCCUCGGAUUCUCGAAAUUUAAUUCCCGAACAGGCCCCUCUUGUAGACGCAUGCUCGGGGAUUACGGUAGGAAAUUAAUGGCCGUUUAAAAGUCUCUUAGAUGGGCGAUGUAAGCAGUGAGAACAAGGGCAGUGAGGAGAGUAAGAGUGGUCAUAAUAAUAACCCCCACAACCUCCCCCCUCCCAAGAAGAUCAAAUUGCCCUUGCAUAUGAAGCGGCACAGUGGGCCCAUAUCACCCUCAGCUGAACCUCCAGAAGAACUCUUGACAACGACAGUGCUCAGAAAAAGGGAAAAGAUCAGUGUUGCGAAAGAGAAGCGGGCUGCCAAGACAAUCGCUGUAAUUAUUUUUGUCUUCACAUUCUGCUGGCUCCCCUUCUUUUGUGCCUAUGUCAUUUUGCCGUUCUGUGAAUCCUGUUAUCUCCAUCCAAAGGUGAGUUCUUUUGGCCUUAACUUACUUCUCUUGGUUGGCCUCACUUAUUCUGGUCAUUCCUUCAGGUUCAUCAAGCAUUUGUAUGGCUGGGCUACAUCAACUCAUCCCUGAACCCGUUUCUUUAUGGGAUUCUGAAUCUGGAAUUCAGAAGGGCUUUCCGUAAGAUCCUGUGUCCCCAUCAAUUCGUCGGCAGUCGACGCCGAUCUACACUCAUUAGGAAUUAA